CAUCUAGAACCCUACCACUUUCUCUUUUUCUCGAUCUCUGUUUCUUUUUCUUCUUCUUCUUCUAUGGCUAUUUCUGAUAUAGUGGUGAGCAACUUUACCACGAUCUACGUGGCAGUAAUCGCGUGUAUAAAGGCAUAUGGAGUUGCGUGUGGGCGAAGCUUUAGCGGUGGGUUUAUGCUGAUUGUGUCCACCACCGUGGUGGUGGUAAUUCUGGUGGCAACGUUGACGUGGGACGUGUCUCGUAAGGCCAUGUAUGCAUUCGCCGGCGAUCAUUAUCAGCUGCAUACCCAGGAGAUGUGCAAGGGUGGCAUCUGCUGGCACGGCGUGGCGGUGCGGUCGCCGGCGUCACAGGUCCGAUUCAGACUUCCACGACAUGUUCCUUAUGCCACUUUGUAAACAAGUUAUGUUAUUCUAUAACACUAAUGGGUAGAGACACACAGGGAAGAAGGGAAAAAAAAAAAAUUAAAAAAGAGAGAGACAGAGAGGGUUUAGUUAAUUUCUUUGUCACUCAUUUUCCACUUGUUAGGUACAUUUUUUUUUCCUUCGGUUGUAUCUGUUUUGUUUUGUUUUUUAUUUUAUUUUAUUUUGUUAGCUAGGUUAAUUAACCUUUACCAACUUUAAAAAGGGAACCGGUCAAUAUACAUAUGCUUUAUAAUAUAUGUUUAUCAUGUAU